CCAUUGCCGGGUAGCUCCAUUAUCUGUGGCUGUUCGUGCUGUCACACUGACUCACACUGACAUCCUCUGUCCUGCCGCCUCACACUCUCUCACGGGGUGAACAGAAGCCUGCUGCAUUACAAACAUGACGUAUGAUUCAUAACGAACAGUGUCAGCCGCUCCUAACAUGGUGGUUAGCUAACGUUAGCUACGAGGCUAGGUUACUUGGACAAUCCCUUCAACUGACAGGUUAGCUUACGACAGCUAACUUCGCUAUGUGAACUCAGUGAGCCAGCAAAGAAACUCCUGCAACUCUCUGAAUUGAUUAAUCAAUCAACAGUGAAUGAUCAGUUACAGUUAGAUUAAUGUUGCUAUGUUCAGGUGUUGCAGGUCGCUCUCAUGUGCCCAUGGAGAAGGCGGCCUUUGAGGGGUGGCUGGAGUCAGUCUCCGCCAUUUUCCUUACUCUAAAUGACCAGCAGCGCAACCAGUCUCUGGACCACCUCAUAUCUUUAAGUGGGGCAGUCCAGCUCCGUCAUCUGUCCAAUGGACUGGAGACGCUGCUCAAGCGUGACUUCCUGCGCCUCCUUCCUCUGGAGCUGGCCUUCUACCUGCUGCGCUGGCUGGAUCCUCAGACCCUGCUCACCUGCUGCCUGGUCUGCAAACAGUGGAACAAGGUGAUAAGCUCGUGUACAGAGGUGUGGCAGGGUGUGUGUCGGGAGCUCGGCUGGAGGAUUGAUGAGUCCAUCCAGGACGCGCCACACUGGAAGGGGGUCUACCUGAAGGCUAAACUGCGUAUGAUGCAGUUGAAGGAUCAGGAGGCCUUUGAGACAUCAUCCCUCAUCGGCCACAGUGCUCGAGUGUACGCCCUGUACUAUAAGGACGGCCUGCUCUGCACAGGAUCUGAUGACCUGUCUGCCAAAUUAUGGGACGUGCGCACUGGCCAGUGUAUUUAUGGGAUUCAGACACACACCUGCGCAACAGUAAAGUUUGACGAACAGAAGCUGGUGACCGGGUCCUUUGACAACACUAUUGCAUGCUGGGAAUGGAGCACAGGAGCUAAAAUCCAGCAGUUCCGAGGCCACACGGGAGCAGUCUUCAGUGUGGACUACAAUGAUGAGCUGGACUUGCUGGUCAGCGGCUCUGCAGACUUCUCUGUAAAGGUCUGGGCUUUGUCUGCUGGGGCCUGUCUCAACACUCUGACCGGACACACCGAGUGGGUCACCAAGGUGAUACUACAGAAGAGUGAAGUAGAAUCUAUGGUGCACAGCCCAGGUGACCAUAUCCUCCUAAGUGCUGAUAAGUAUGAAAUUAAGGUCUGGCCCUUAGGGAGAGAAAUCAACUGUAAGUGUUUGAAGACUCUGUCAGUGUCCGAGGACCGCAGCAUCAGCCUUCAGCCUCGCCUGCAGUUUGACGGACGCUACAUCAUCUGCAGCUCCGACCUCGGAGUUUAUCAGUGGGACUUUGCCAGUUUUGAGAUUCUCAGGGUGAUAAAAACGCAGGACCCAGCUAACCUGUCCCUGCUCAGCUAUGGUGAGGUGUUUGCUCUCCUUUUCGACCACCACUUCCUGUACGUGAUGGACCUGAGGACAGAGGUGAUCUCGGGCCGCUGGCCUCUACCUGCUUACAGAAAGUCCAAACGAGGAUCCAGCUUCUUGGCCGGUGUGACCUCCUGGCUCAAUGGCCUGGACGGAGACAAUGACUCUGGACUGGUGUUUGCCACCAGCAUGCCCGAUCAUAGCAUUCACUUAGUACUGUGGAAAGAGAACGGAUAGAAGCAGAUGACGGCUUCCUGUUCCCAGACUUCUAGGAUAUGAGCCGCAGUCAUGUGUGCUCUGGAAUAUAUGAACUUUAACAGCCAAGACAGAUCGUGCAUGGACCAAAGCAUUUUGUUUUUAUCUGUUUCUUCCUCCGCAUACAGUCCUCUUCUAGACAGAAACAUUCACAGAUGGAAAUAGAAAAGAUGCAACAAUUACUGAUGUGCUGCAGUCGGUGCUAAAUGAGCACGUGAUCUGUGCAGAAACCUGUAAACCUCUUAUUGAUCUCGGACAAAGACAGACGGAAGACAGACUUCUUGAAGACGAGUCGGUGACAUCAAAGGUUCAAAUUGAACACAACCAGAGAAAUUGUGAUCGACUUGAACAAGGAUGUGUAAAUGUUUCAGUCAGAUCUGCUCUUUGAUCACUUUAGCAUCGUGCACUCAUAUUUGUAGCCAACCUUUAAUCCAUUGUUUGGGUGCCAACUUUGGGCAUUGACCUUGUCUCACCAGGAGAAGAUCAAACAUGCUGUAGCUCGAACACAUGCGAUACUGAGCUGGUCACUGAGCUGAUUUGCCGAAACUUUGAGUUCCUCGAAGAAAAGCAGGGUUGCCUUAAACCCGGCUGCUGUGAAUAACGAAGAACAUCCCCUCUGACAUCAGAUUGCGACAUCAACAGAGAUCUCCUUCGAGGUUUUUACAGACUGUCUCUGAAGCCGUGUGUUGGAAAGUACAAAGUUCGGUACAUUGUUGUGUACCACGUGGAACAUUGUGAGGUUUCAUGUAAUUCCCUGAAUAUGCGGGGUGACUGGUUUAAAUGUCAGCUUGAGAAAUGUGACGUGCCUUUUCAGUUCAAUUGAUGUUACAAAACUAGAAUUUCUUGAACUCCGGUGCAGUAAAGUGAUGGCUGCACUGUAAAUCUUAUUUUAUGUUGAAUUUUUCAUAUUUACUGUGCAACAGUCUAGAUGUCUGUAAUUUUAUAGUUACCUACCUGACAUGACUUGCUCAGUGAAUUGCUUUUAUGAAUCAUUGACUGUGUAAAACAUCAGGUUUAUUUUUCUAAAGGCCUCAAUGCAUCGCACAGCUGAGGAAGUGACUUGCGAGCAGCGUGUUCUGUGAGCAGUCAGAACAUUUGAAUGGAGAUGUGUUUUCCUGGUGUAACCAGAGAAAUGAUGCGAGCAACAUCACAUCUCCACUUGGUUUUCUACUUCAACAUUGAAACUUUAAUCAUGAAUGAGUGCUUUUCCCAGAAACUUCAUUGACGUCUUCCUUUGCAUUAGGCAGGCCUCAGAUCAGCGCAGAUUGAACGGUAUUCAUGUGCACCAAACUACAACUAUGACACAUCAGUUUUUUCCUUGCAUCUACAGACCGUAACCUGUUUCUCAGAUGUGCACAGCAGGUGUAGACUGUUCUUAGUUCAAACACCACCAGUAUACUGUGUUCUGUACUGUCGUCUGACCAUUGCAAGACAUUAUAUCCUCCCUAAUAUGAUUUGUAUAUAAAGUGAUACAUUGGAAUUGGCCAGCAGAAACGUGAACGGGGACAUGAAAAGUUUUUGUUGAUGUAUUUCUUCAGAGUUAAUUGCCACUGCAUUUAAGCUCUGAACAGUGUUAUUUCACAGAAUCGUCUACUGCACUGUCAUAGCUCUUUAGUCACCUGCAUCAAUCUACAAUCAGCUUCAAUAUUGCAGUCUUUCAAAUAAAUAAAAGUAGCAAAUGCA